UUUGUCAAAGUGAAGUCUUGUCUUUAAUAGCUGUAAAUUACAACUGAUAUCAUUCAUUUAUUUUGAUUAAAAAGAGUCUUAUCAUUAAAUUAAAUGUAACAAAAAUCACCAUUAAAAAAAAAGAGAAACGUGGUCAAAUGAGAUUCUUAAGGGACGUUUCGUGACCCCUUGUCAUUUUGAAGUUGGUCUCAUAGGGGUCUUGUUAAAGCGAAGAAAGAUAAGAAGAUAUUCGUCAGACGCUCCUUUCAUCUCUUUCUCCCCUCUAAGAUCGCCAUAAGGGUUUAGGUUGGCGACAUGUCGAUUCACAGGAGGACAAGCACAUCUGAAGAUAGGAUAAGCAGUUUACCCAAUACAUUGUUAUGUCAGAUUCUAUCGUACCUCUCUACGGAAGAAUCGGUUCGGACCAGCGCUUUGUCUAAACGGUGGACCCAUCUCUGGUUGCAUGUUCCUGCUUUGGAGUUGGACUCCAGUAAUUUUCCUGAUGAUUUCGAAUUUGGGGAUUUUUUCGAUAACUUUCUAGAGUCUGGCGAAGAAGACAUAAAGAGAUUUGAUUUGGUCUACAAUGUUGAGGAGCACAUUCAUGAAGAUUUUGUGACGAGGAUUGAUGAUGUGGUUAAUCGUGGAGUUUGUCAUCUAACUAUUCUCAACGAGUUGGAUGUUGAAGAAGAGUUAGUUAGGAUGCCUCUCUCUCUCUAUUCAUGCAGGACAUUGGUGAGUUUAAAUCUAUACUGUGUAGUUUUCGAUGCUCCCCGGGCAGCGUUGGUUUCUUUACCUCGUCUCAAGACUAUGCAUUUAGAGGCAGUUAAAUUUGACGGAAUGUGGAUUCUUGGGGGUUUCAUUUCAAGAUGUUCGGUUCUUGAAGAGUUAAGCAUAGUCACGGAUGAUGGUGAUGAACUCGGAGUUGUAAUUGUGAGCUCGAAGUCCCUAAAAACCUUCAAGUUAAAAUCUAUGCGUGGUGAGGAAACUGAAGACGAAGGUGAUCCUACCGUUGUGAUUGAUGCUCCGAGACUUGAGUUUAUGAGUAUCACUGAUUACCAAUCUAAAAGGUUGGUAAUUGACAAUAUUGGUCCCUUUGCAAAGGUGGACAUUGAUUUUAUCUUUAAAGUGGAGGAUGAUGAUGAUUCAUUUGGAGCUAUGAUCAUUGAUUUUCUCACCAAGUUAUCCACAGUCCGUGAAAUGAUCAUCUCUUCCAGAACGCUAGAGAUGAUCCAUGAUAACUGCGAAUGGGAACUGCUACCUCAAUUUGCUAAUAUGUCUCACUUGCAUGCUUCGUUCCUUGAAACAUCGUGGAACCUGUUGCUAACUUUUCUUGGCUGUUGUCCAAAUCUACAGUCACUUGACUUGGAGUUUGACUCUUUUCCAGAGCCAGAAGAGAUUAAACUUUCAUUUGUGCCGCAAUGUUUCCAAUCAUCUCUCCAGUUUGUUGGACUGAGGACACCAAUCAGAGUCGAAGGAACAUUAAGUGAGAUGAAACUACCAAUGCUCUUUUUAAGGAAUUGCAAAGUCAUGAAGAAACUGAUGCUUAAUGAGAGUUUCAGAAACGUCAUCCAGAAAGUUAGAGGGAUUCCGAAAAUGUCGCCCCAGUUUCAAACUGUGGCUCUUUCAAAUAUCUAGAUUUUUUAAUUAUCUGGACAUGGUUUAAGUAAAUUACCUUUUGUUUAUGAGAAAACAAUAUAAAAACUCGGUCGUUACAUAUGAAGUUAUAUAUAGACUUUUUAUACUCAUUCAUCGACCAAAUAGCCCCACUAUAUUUUAUUCACGUGAUCUCCAUCUUGUUUCUUUAGUCUACCUUAAGACUGAAACCCUAGCUUUGAUUUUGUGUUUACGAAGCUGUAUAUAUGGAUGAAAGAAGGUCUUAAAA